AUGGAGCGCCUUCGGAAAUUCAAGGGCAGCCUGCUGGGAAAGUCUAGAAAAACUACCAGUGCCAAGCUUGGCGAUAAUGAGGAGGUUCCAUCCAGCAGAGCGACCGUGGCACCACCAUCUUCGUCCGUCAAUACCUCGUCUGUCACGGCAAUCGUCGCACAGCCCGCUUCUCCUGAUGCGGCUUCUUCUCUUCCCAGCCGCAGCCUGGAUCCAUGGACUCGGGCUUACGAGAUGUUCCAGGGUCGAGAAUCCGAGCUGGCAGCAGACUACGAGAAGCACCUCGCCACACUGCAAGAGGACCCUCAACCUAACUCGGACCUCUCAACUCCGUUGGCUGUCGAAUCAAUUGUCAAACAGCUAUUAGCAGAUCGGGAGAAGAAGCAAUGGCAGGUACCACUUCUGGGAAAGGACAUCAAGGUUCGGGAGCAAGUCGAGAGGCUGGCAAAGUUUGUGCUGUGGUCCGACGAGAUCGUUAAGAGCGCUCUCAGUGCUCAGCCAUAUGCCGCGUUAGCAUGGUCUGGUGUUUCAAUGGUACUGCCACUUCUUACGAGCGGUACCAAACAAAAUGAGGCCAUGUUGAAAGGCUUCAAUUCAAUUAGCGAUCUUCAAGUCUAUUGGCGAAUCAGUGAAAAGACCUAUCUCCAAUCCUCACACGGCCAAGAUUACCGAGAUCUUGUUGAACCCUUGGCCAAGCUUUAUUCCCACAUAGUCGAAUAUCAAGCCAGAGUCAUAUGCCAUUUGUCCAGCGCCCAGCUGUCACGCGCAUGGCAAGACGUGGCCGCUGAGAAUGACUGGGACAGCUUAGCAAAUGAGGUUAAUGCAUUGAGCAAAAUAUGUAGUGAUUGCAUCCCUCCUCUCCGUGAACAGGAAUUGCGACAAUACAGAGAUAACCAACUACAAGAGAUCAAGGAAUCUCAGAUUAUCCUCAGUGAAAUUCGCCGCAUUCUCGAGGAAGAUGGAAAACAAUCUCAGAGGUUCUACGAGGACCAGACGGAGCGGAAUCUUCUACGCGAUCUCGCGUCCGACUACGAGAGUUACAAAAGCUUCAACACGCAGAGAGUGCCAGGCACUUGUGAGUGGUUUUUUAACGACGAUCGAUUUGGCAGAUGGCGAGACAGCAGCACUUCCAGUCUUCUCUGGGUAUCUGCAGGCCCUGGUUGCGGAAAGUCAGUGCUAUCGCGAGCUCUAGUUGACGAGCAGCGACUCUCGACACACGUUACCACUUCAACCGUCUGUCACUUCUUCUUCAAGGAUGGGGAUCAGCGUCGUAUGAACAGCACCAACGCCUUAUGCGCAAUACUUCAUCAGCUGUUCACCAAAGACCCUACCGGCAGUCUGAUUGAACACGCCUUGCCCAAUUAUAGAAAGAAUUCCGAAAAGCUCAUGGAGAACUUGUCGGAACUGUGGGGGAUUCUAGAGAGUUGCGCCAAAUCCUCAAAUGCAGGCGAGAUAAUCUGCCUCCUCGAUGCCCUAGACGAAUGCAAUAGGGAUAGCAGGAUGGAACUGAUUGAGCAGCUCAAAAGCUUUUAUACUGAACAGGCAAGAUCGCCGAACCGCCCUUCCAAACUCAAGUUUCUCAUCACCAGUCGCCCAUACGACGAUCUGGAGGCAUCUUUCAGGAUGUUUUCAGAUACAGCUACAUAUCUGCGCUUUGACGGCGACGACAAGUCCGAGCAAAUCGGUCGAGAGAUUAAUCUCGUCAUCGAUGCCAGAAUUUGUGACAUUGGUUAUGGCUUAACCGACGAAGGUCGCCGGAUCAUUUCCGAACGUCUCAAGAGUAUGGAGAAUCGCACUUAUCUCUGGCUGCACCUAACGUUUGAUAUUAUCAAGCAAAGCCCAAGUGAGUAUAGCAGGAGGCAAGAUAUAGAAAAGCUCUUGUCCGACCUUCCAACCCAGGUCUCAGAUGCGUACGAAAAGAUCUUGGGCCGAAGCAAGGAGUCAGAAAAGACAAUAGCGCUUCUUCAAAUCAUGCUUGCUGCAGCACGGCCUCUGAGUCUUGACGAAGCCAACGUUGCUCUGACAUUGGCAUUGGAGAAGCAGUGGUACACUUCGUUUGCGGAAUUCGAGGAGGACAAAUGGCACGAUCCAGAAUCUUUCAAAAUCGCGGUGAAGAACCUGUGCGGUCUUCUUAUCAGUGUCUACGACUCGCAAUUGUUUUUCCUUCAUCAGACAGUCAGAGAGUUUCUCACCACAGGGGUUGAUCCCCAGAAUACGUGGAAAGGCCGGUUCAACACAUACCAGUCGCACAGCACCUUGUCGCUAUCCUGCCUUCGUCUCCAUUACUUGUCGCGGUCGGAUACUUCUUUAAACAAUCAGAAGUAUCCAUUUCUCUCUUACGCUGUUUCUAAUUGGCUAUCCCAUUAUAUAGAGAACAAAAUCUUGAAGGAUUUGGAAGAAUGUCACCACUCCUUGUGGAAUAUCAUCAAAAACGCACCUCGAAGUAAACGAUUCCAGAGGUUGGAAAACAGUCAUAUCUAUAUCGCCAUCAUUGACAAUGGAGUAGACGUACACUCUCUGACUCAAAAAUGGAAAAAUAUCUCGAUAGGACGUUCGUUUGUCAAGUAUGAUUCUGAAGACAGGUAUCUACCCUGGUUUUCGGCUUCAGAUCCACAUGGGACGCAGGUGGCGUCCAUAAUCCGGAAAGUGAAUCCUUUCUGCCACCUCUAUAUCCUCAAGGUAGGGGAAACCCACAAGGAUGUCAUACCCGAGAACGUGGCAAAGGCCGUUAACUACGCUAUUAGCCAUCAAGUCGAUAUUGUCUCAAUCACCUGUAAUGCGAAGAACGAUAGGCACCUGCUACGAGAAGCCACCAAGAAGGCCAUGAGUGCAGCUUCAGACCCUCAGACCAAGCUUCGACCGCUUAUAUUCUGCAAUUCUGCAGUUGAAAGCACAGAUGGCACAACGUUCCCUACCUGCUAUGGAAAUGCCAUGACAGUCGCCGCAGACAACAUCUGCGGGCACUUGAGACCGGCCUCAAAAGAUAACGUCGAUAUUCUGGUUCCCGGGGAGGACAUUGAGGCUGAUGCCCCAGCCGAUGUGAAAAGACUUGUAAGUGAAACGAUGUCGUCUGUCGCCCCUGCAUUAGCCGCAGGAAUUGCAUCUCUGGCAAUUUUGCUACUCCAAACACACAACCACGAAUUCACUGCAUUCAGACACUUCCUCGACAAACACAACAUCAUGCAAGUCUUUGGAAGAAUGGGUAAUGGACAGAGCGGUAUCCAGAUCUCACAGCUCUUUGGAAACUUGGGUGGCGAUGAAAUCGCUAGCAGGUGGAAGAUUGCCAAUUUCUCGUAG